UUCAAUUCUCUGCCGAAGCAAACUAUGUCUAUACCAUCAACAGAAGAGGAAGUGAAUGGAAAAGGAAGAGUAGAUUUCAUAAGUCAACUACCGGAUGAUAUUUUGUUUUCCAUAAUCUCUUCUCUUUCGAUUGAUGAUGCCGUGAAAACAAGCGUUCUAUCAAAGAGAUGGAUACAUUUGAGGAAUAAUGUUUUUCACUUUGAUUUUGAUUGGACUCACAUGUUGAAACCCUUACCAGAAUUUUAUAGCCGAAUUUCAUAUAAUAAAUUUUUGAAGUCCUUAACAACCGAAGAACAUGCUAGGAAAUAUAGUGAAAUUGUUAACACUAUAUUGCAUCAACAUAUUGGUGAUUAUUCGGUUUUACCUGCAUUUGAAAGUUGUGAAAAGUUGAAAAUUUUGAAGUUGAAGAAAAUUUCUAUGGUGGAUAGUAUCAUCAAUGGAAUUUUGGAAAAUUGUUUUGGUUUAGAGAAGUUUUGUCUCAUUGAGUCAGAUGGUUUCGAUAGCCUCAAGAUUGAAAACAAAAAUCUUAAAUAUUUGGAGCUUUUGGGGUUGAAUGUUAAAGAAAUAGAUGUUAAUGUUGAGGAACUUCAUGUUUUGGUGAUUAAUUUUCUAACGUGCCCUCCAAAGGGUCUUAGAAUUUAUUCUCAGAACCUAUGGAAUUUCUCUUAAACUUACAAUCCAAUUCCUCAACCGAUCAAGUCGCGAAACAUUCUACAAACUCGUCAAAUUUUUGAAAAUUGCAGUGAC